AAAAAAAAAGCAGCCCGGGAGCGGAGGUGACACGUAAGUGGCGGGGCUGGAUGGUGUCCAAAGCGAGGCGGAGAACCGGAGAAGAAAAGCUUCCUUUUGGGGCAGUUUGGCAACAAUAAAAAAGUAACUUUAACGGGGAAGGCGCUUUGAAGCGUCUCCAACGGCAGACUUGCCUUGCUGGAAGAGUCUCGCCGGGCUCCCUUCAAACCCAUCUCUGCCAAAGCGAAGAGGGCGCUGGGAAGAGGAGCCCUUCCAGUCCCGGGGAGUGGGGGGGAAGAACCGUCCCCUGCAGCAGCGCUGGGGAACUGGUGGCAGACGGGUCACCUUGAAAUUCGGCAGAGUAAUUGGUGAAGCAAGGACAAGCCUGCCUGGAAGACGUCCCGUUUCUUCUGAACAGCAUCUCCGAGCCGUGCUGGAUGCCCAGCUGAACCGGCCUCUUGGGAAGUGACCCUCCCGUCCCUCCAGAUCUCGGUCUCCUGGGAACCUGCAAAGCUCUUACAAAGCUCGCUUGCUAUGACCUUGAAUUCCUGGCAGUGGUUGUAGCUGGUUAAAGUUCGCACGGGGCCUAUGGCAACAAACGUGCCAGAACCUCCUAGUCUCUGAGAGGUCUCUCCCCUGGUUCAUGUUGUGGCCUGAUGCUGCUGAAGUCCUAGGGGGACAUCAACUUGGAUCCCACCUCAAAGGUUGGGACUAUGGGAAACGGGAUGUGUUCCCGAAAACAGAAGCGGAUCCUGCAGUCUCUCUUGCUUCUCACGGUGGUGUUUGGCUUCAUCUAUGGGGCAAUGCUAUACUAUGAAUUGCAGAACCAGCUGAGGAAGGCUGAAGCCGUGGGCAUCAAGUAUCAACAGCAUCAAGAGUCCCUCGCAGCACAGUUGCAAGUUGUGUAUGAACAUCGAUCAAGACUAGAAAAAUCUUUACAGAAAGAAAGGCUAGAACAUAAGAAAGCAAAAGAAGACUUUCUUGUUUAUAAAUUAGAAGCACAAGAAACAUUAAAUAAAGGAAGGCAAGAUUCCAAUAGCAGAUACAGUGCACUGCAUGUACAACACCAGAUGCUGAAGAACCAGCAUGAAGAACUAAAGAAACAGCACUCAGAUCUGGAAGACGAGCACAGGAGACAGGAAGAUGAUUUCAACCGAGCAGUUGAUGACCACAAGGAGAAAUACGUGCAGUUACAGCAAGAAAAGGAGCAGGAGCUGUCCAAGUUAAAAGAAUCCAUGUACAAUCUGCAAGAAGAAAACAGACAAUUGAGGAAAUCCCACCAGGAUAUUCAUACUCAGCUGCAAGAUGUGAAGUUUCAGCAUAAGAAUUUAAUCUCCCAACAAAACCAGCUUGUAAUGACACUGGAAGAACACAAGAGCGCACUAAAAGCUGCGCAGUCUCAGGUGGAAGAAUACAGGCAGUUGAAGGACACCUUAAAAAAGAUGCCCAGUUUCCAGAAACCUGAAAAAUUUGAGUCGCCACAUGGUUUGCCUGUGACACCUGUGCCUUCUCCUCUGAGUGAUUCCAAAACACAGGGCACAGAUGCCGCUAAAGAGCAAAAAGAGAUUAUGCAAAAUGGUGAGCAAUCACAAGGGGGAGAAGAGGCUAUUAAAGUAAGCCCUAGGGAAGGAAGAGAACAGACCGAAGAACUUUUUCAUCCUGACAGAAAAGUGAUGGAAGGUCACGGGCCACGGGAAUUAAAUAUUCAAGAAAAGCAAGAAGCAGGAGAAGAUGAGGAACAACAUGUAGAGCAAGAUGAAGAAGAGCAGAAAAAAGAAUUAGAAGAAGAAGAAAUGGAGCAAGCUGGGCAACCAGAACACUUAACAGAUGAUCUCGAUCAAAUCCCAGAAGAGCAUGAAUGGAAGGAGAAAGAACAGACUGACGAGGAAAACAACACGGUUGGAGAACACAACCAUUCACAGGAGCCACCCACACCAAAGACUGUAACAAGGUACAAAUUGCCUUAUGAGCAGCAGCUGGAGCAACAGAAGCUGGCUUCCCGGAGAGAAGAAGAAGCCAGCCGCCUCAGAGAGCACCAGGAGGCUCUGCAUCACGAGAGACUUCAGGAACAGUUGCAUCGGCAGCAGCAACUUGAAGAGAGAGAGCUGAUGCUGAGGAGGCAGGCCGAACAGGAUGAAGAACAAUUUAAGCAACAGCUCAGCCAGCAAUCCCAUUAUGACAAUGUAGAUCAGGAUAUCGUGCAAGGAAGAGAAGCAGGUGUACAUAAAGAAGAUGAAAAUUAUGAGAGACAGAACCAGUAUCCAAGCAGAGUAGAAGAUGAUGAUCAGAAUAAUGCAAAUGAGCAACAGGACCCAGAGCUGGAGUACCAGUCAGAGAAUGAGCAAAACGAAGAACCAAAGACAGUCAUGGAUGAUAUCAACCCAGCUGAUGAUCCCAACAACCAGGGAGAAGAUGAAUUUGAAGAAGCAGAGCAAGAGAGGGAAGAAAAUCUCCCUGAAGAGAAUAAAGAGCUAAAACCAAAUAACCAGAAACAAGUGAAUUCUGAAAUGGAAGACCAUUUGGUGGUGGUGGGCAAUCCGGAUCAACAGGAAGACAAUGUGGAUGAGCAGUACCAGGAAGAGGGAGAAGAAGAGGCCCAAGGAGAUCUACCCGAAGAGAAGAAAAGGGGGCUGGAACACAAUGGUGAAGAUCCAUAUGGUGAAAAUGAUGAAAAUGCUGAAGAAAAAAUGAGCGAAGGGGUUGAUCAAGAAGAAGAUAUUCAGGAAGGGAAGCAACAGAAAGAAGGACAUGAUGAAAACUAUGAGGAAGAAGAAGAGGAAGAAGAAGAAGAAGGUGGUCCUGUUGCAGUAAAAGCCCACAGACGAGGGGAAAUGUAAUCCUGGGAUGGUUUCCUGACAUUAAAAAGGGACAAGGGGGAGAGCAAAAUUGUGUAGGUGCUAGAGAAAGAAAAGAUGAGCCUUUUAACAAAAAUGAAUAUAUUAUAUUUUUUUUAUUGAAACUGCAUUUAUAUGAAUAUAGUAUUUUUAGGUUGCAUUCUUAAUGUAAGUUUUAUGUGACAAAAAUAGAAUAGAAAAGGUAUUCUUUUUCUCUUAAUUUUUUAUGACGCUUUUUUUUAAAAAAAAUGGUAUAUGUGUUUUUGUUUGGCAUUGUCCAAAUAGUGACAAGUCAAAGUAUUCUUUAAGCCAAUAAUAAAACUAGUGCCUGAGUUUGAAACUUGAGGAAGGGCUGACUGCACCCAUAUCUCAAUUCACUCACUUUGGUGAGUCUGCUGGUUGCCGACUUGUCCUGUGUUCAUUUUGGUUACAAUCCGUUUGCCGAGAUGUCAAUGAUGCAGAUGUUGUUAGCACAGAUUUAUGACAGCUCUGUUGGCAUAUGCCAAAAGGCAUUGCAACAAGUGAAUGCUUGAGCAUGUGUCAGACCAGAGUGUUCGUUCCACUUCUAUGUUUGUAGGCCAACUGUUACGAACUUUCCAGUGGCUGGCCAUCAUAUGAUACAAAAUGCUAGUCUAAAUGGUUAUUUUUAUGUUUGAUCCUGCCUUAUGUGCCCUAGUUCUCUCUUCAGGUGUGUUAGGAUUGCAACUGGGUAUAAAAUUUGGGACUUAACAGCCAUAACUCAACUUGAUAGUAUGAAGCUGAAAAGGCUGCAUGAACCCAAGAUUGGUUGCCAUCUGUUGAUGAAGAUAGAAUGCCCUUAGUCUUUCAUUGACUUGUUUUCAUUUUCUGUGAAAGCUCACAUUUGAAAACAGUGGAAAUUGCUUCUGAAUGGACCUGUGUACAUUUUUGCUAUUAGAAACUCCAAUCUUGUCUAGUUUAAAAGGUGAUAUGUAUAUGUGAUUCUCUUCUCCCUCUGGCUUAUUUGUGGUCAGUCAUACUUUGUUUUUACCACCUAAUUUAUAAAAAGUCAGGUUUGAGAUUUGAGGGUUUUUUAAAAAUAACUUUCUCUCAAGGUCUUUUUAUCACAAUGAUUCUCCCAAGGAUCUGAAAACCUUCAUCUUGGUUAUAUCAAUUCAGAGUACAGGAAGUAUUUUAUGCAUACAAAAAGCUUGUGUGUUGGGAUUAGUAGAGUAGUAAAGGAUUGGAAGUAUAUUUAUAUUUUUCCUUCUUGAGUACCUUGGUCCAAAAGUCCAGAUGGCUGUUCUUUAUUGCACUGGAUUUUAGCCCAGAUUUGUUAGCCCUGUCACCAUCUAGCAUCUGAAACAGUACAGCAUAGACACAAGUUAAUCACUUAAUUUAGUCAUGGAAAACUUUUAUCCUAGUGUCUAAUAUACCAUAUGUUCUCUAGUCUAUUCUACUCUACAAAGUUCUCCUUGCACACCCUUUCCAUUGUCCAUACCCCCGACCUUUAAUCCAGUCUUCCUUGUUUAGUUUAAAUUUUAAGGGAUGUUUCUAGUAAUCAUUCUUACAAGAGAUCAGAUAUUGUUUCCCCAGAUAUUCUGGUCUUAAAUUGACUUUUUCCAGAUGCCUGUUUUUGGGGCAACUGUGAAACAUAGAGAAAGGAGCAUAUGGAUAGCUAAAGGGAGCCUUUGGCCAACUCUCUUGCUUUAUUCAUGCUUGUAUUUCUGACGUCAAGUUCUUAAUAGCUUCUAAAAUGUUCUUGGAACAACUUUAUUGUUCCUUAAUAUUAGGAAACAGAGGCAAUUUCUUUUGAAUCUGUUCAUCUUUAGAACUCAGAUAUGAAAAUUGUGUAUCAACUGACCAAUCGGUGUCACAGAUGGUAACAGAAUGAAGCUUUCAAAUACUCAUAGCCGGUCCUGUCUUCUUCUUGCUUGGAUUAAUCAACAGUACCGUAAAUGCCGGCGUAUAAGGCGACUUCCGCGAGCGCUGAAAUCGGCGCCAAAGACGGGGGUCGUCUUAUACGCCGUCUUAUACGCCGGAAAUACUGGUAGUUUCCGGCGUAUAAGACGACAUUCUAGGAAUGCGGCCCAGCUAUAAAGAUGGGGGUCAUCUUAUAUGCCGGGUCGCCUUGUACGCCGGCAUUUACGGUACUUACUUCAUGUACUUACUGAUGGAAUAAUCAAUAUACAUUUCUAUGUCUAUGCACAGAAGCUAAUAGUACAUGCACUACCUAAUGCUAUAAAGGUCACAAAUGUUGUACAACCACCUGGGAAGUAAAAGAUUGUUCCCAAACUCCAUGAACUUACCUACUCCAACACAGUAAGAUGUUCUAUGCAGUUCCUGGGAAGAAGCCUCUCUCCCAUGCAGCAAAGCCUUGAUGAAGAUCCUACCCCCAAAAUUUCCCUCAACUAUAAUUCUCCGCCUUAUCUUUUGUAUAAGAGAGUGAAUUUCUUUCAACACACAUUGGGAAAAAUUCCCAAGACCAAGGUUUAUUCCAAGUUUCUGCUCGCAUCUAAUAAUGUCAGGUACGCCAAUUUGAUUUCAUUAUGUUUAUGCUGGCUUUUAGCUGUCUGGUUCUUUUUCUCCCCUUAUUACAGUGCACUGGGGAUAGGGGAUGUUUGUGAUGUUUGUAACUUGCAGUAUAUGCACAUACAGUAUACACAUAUGCGGACCUACCUGCAUCCUAGCAGAUUUCAAUUAUUUGUGGCGGUCUUCCCUCACCUGGGCAACAGAUGUUAGACUUCAGUUCCCAGAAUUCCCCAUCUGGCAUGGCUGUUGCUGAGAAUUCUAAGAGUUUGAAUCAAAAGGUUGGGAAGAUUCCUUCAUGCACAGGUCAAUUGGACAUCUUCUGGAACAGAGUUUUUCAACCUUAGCAGCUUGAAAAUAUGUGCAUUUCAACUUCCAGAAUUCCCCAGGGCAGUUGAAGAAUUGAAGCACACAGAUCUUCAAGUUGCCAAGGUUAAGAAACAAUGUUCGAGAAUGUUUUUCAGAAGAAUAAAACAUUGUUCAGAUCAGGGGUGAAAUUCCACUUUAUUUCCAUCACAGGAAAAAAUAAUAAUAAUUCCAUGCUUGAGAAUCUUUCCCCUUUUUCUCUUUUAAGAUACACCACAAGAACUAUAAUGGAACAUUUCUUUUAAUCUUUUUAUAUGAAUGUAAUAUAAUUCAUUUUGUACUAACUGGAUGGUAAUUUACUUUUGUAAAUGUUUUGAACCAUAUCUUUAUACAUUUUUAAAAAAGGAUUUUGUGUUAAACAUGGCAUCCAAUUGUAUAUGUAUAACAAUACAAAGCUGAGUUUACUAAUUGAACAAAAUUAUCUUACAAGUGGUGAAAAAACUUCCCAGUUUACAGUUAUGUAAAGUGUAUAAUAUGUACAUACCCUUUGGAAUACAAAUAUUUUGAUAAAAUUCUGUGUAUUUUUCAUGCCUUGGGGUAGUAUUUAAUUUUUCUGAGGUUUUAAUCGAAGACCAUCAAUAAAUGGCAGAGUUUGAAAUAA